AUGCCAGUCAAGCGAAUGCCGGCGAGACAUGACAGCAGCCUCCCAGAGGGUCCUCGCACAGUACAGGAGAUGUUGGACUGGCCAACGAGGGCAAUAGCUGCUAUGCGUGACAUUGGUCAAUUCGAGACCUGGUUGAGCAAUCUCCGUGGUGGGUUGAUCGUGGGGACUCAUUUCUCAGGUCUCUUGACUGCAGAACUGGCUUUGGAGCAGCUGGUACAUGCAACCGCAGACGUUCUUGAAAGAAAUGGCCAAACUUCGGAGUCGGAGCAGCUGCAUGGGAGACUUAUGAGUGCCUGGACUUGUGACAAACUUCCGGAGAGUCAAGACUUCGCAAUGUCAUGGCCGAAGUCGAGAUACUGGCACGAUGCUGGUGGGUGCUGCUUCGGCGACAUCUUCGACAGCUCCUCAGAUGAGAUGAUUGAGAAGUUCAACUUUGUUGAUCGUGCCAAGGAGGAGGGCCGGGGCCGACAUGCUGUGCAGGACACGCAGACGUACAUGUUUCGCCAUGUUCGUGAGAUCGUCGAGGAGUCAGCAUGCUUUCGGCACAGGAAGUGCUGCAAGUCGCAUGAGUACACCCCUCCGGAAGACUUCCACGACCCUGUGACCAUUGAGGUGGCAGGAACUCCAUGUGUUGGUUGGUCCAUCUUGGGAAAGCGUGAAGGUGUCCUUCAUGACAGUCACCUCGCCUUCCUGGCGUGGGCGGCAAAGACGAGACUUGCGUCGCCUAUGAUCAUCGUCCACGAGUGUACAGCUGCCUUCCCAGUGAGCCUCCUUGAAUACUGGUUCGACGACAUGUAUGAGUUGUACUCCAUGAUAUUGGAUCCCCUGUGGAUGGGUCACUCAACCCAGCGACCCAACCGUCGCUUCACAUGGCUCAUUCGCAAGGAUUGCCGAUUCACAGGCAGUGCGGAGGAGUUCAAUGAGAUGUUCGCAGCACGGACAACGAUGUUGGCAGAUGCAUUUUUCUGUGCACCCAGCGAUGUUCUUCAAGAAGGCCUGAACGUAAUUGCCCAGUCCCGUGGGUUCGCGCCUCAGGAAGUAUCGAGGGUCAAAGAUUGGUCGAUCUACUACCCUCCCGGCACUCGUGAGCGAAUGGAUGGCCACCUGAGGAUGUGGAUGAAGAAGCGAUCACCGGACAUGUUGGACUCACCGCGAAUCCGAGCUCGAAGGAAGGUUUCAGCUGAGGCAUUGAACAUGAAGUACAUCAAGCAUUACCCCAUCAUCGCGGACUUGGAUCAGAAUCCGGGCUAUGGGCCCACAGCGUCCUUGCAAUGCCCAACAUUGGUGAGCCAUGGCACCCUGCACAAUUUCUUCCGAAAGCGCUGCAUGGUUGGAGAAGAGCACCUGCUCAGCAUGGGUUUUCCUAUCUUCGACGAGGACUGCUUCUUGAAGUCUGUCGUGGGCAAUGUCAUGAGCAAGCGGAUGAUGAAGCAAAUGGCUGGCAACGCGAUGUACUUGCCGUUGAUUGGCAUCCAGCUUCUCUAUCUCAUCAGCCACCUGGACAAGACGAACGGCGACAACGGUUGCAAGCUCAGGCGAAUGGGUCGCCUGGCCAGCACCUUGUCGUUCAGCUCCGGGGGGGGCAUGGGCUCGCCCGGUCACUCUUCGACUACUUGGACGACUCCUGAGAAGUCUAGGUCAAGUCGUGAUGUGUGA